CAUACCAAGGCCUCACGACUUAAUGUUGUGGUUAAUCCCACUAACCAUAUGGACCAGACUGGCAGCGCUAUAUACUGCUUAAUGUUACAGUACAGUUAAUGUACUCGUUGUGAGCAACCCGCUGGACGGCUGCGUUGCAAAAGUUACCUUAUCAGGAGUGUCUUCUUAGCAUCUGGUGACCUCGACUCUGCAAAUGUCUAAGGCGCCUUAGAGCACUGAGCUAGCCUCUAGGGCGUGCUUCGGGAAAUUUCCCAACAUGGCCGCAUGUGGCGCCUGCCUGAACGCGUUUGGGGGCGGCGUUUGGGGGCGGCAGCCAAUGGUUUCGCCCUGCGGCCAUACCAUAUGCAGCACUUGCUUGGCCGACCAGCAGCUGGUUGCGUGUCCCUUCUGCAGCGUGCCGCUUCCGCCGGAUGAGGACCGCAAAGCCAUGCCAUGUAACAGGUCCCUCCUCGAUAUCUUAAGUAAUUUAGGUUUCCACCAAGAGCGAGUGGCCGACAUACCCUUUCAGGAGCUGCGGCUGACGGAUGAAGAGCUUGGCGGAGGCGGCCUGGGCCGUGUGGUUGUCGGGCAGUGGGGAAUGCGCGAGGUAGCCGUUAAGCUGCUACGCUUGCCGCCGACGAGUUAUGAUGUGUCCAGCUACUCACUUCAAGAGGAGUUGCAGCUGCUGGUGCACAUCUCCGCCGCCUGUCGCCACACCGCCCGGCUGCUAGGUGUCAGUCUGAACGACAAGCGGGACAGACUGGCGCUAGUCAUGAAGCGCUAUCCGGCCAACUUGGAGCAGGUGCUGCAGCAGCGGCAAGGCGGCCGUCUGCCCCCGUCUGCUGCACUGCUGCUGGCUCGCGACUUGCUGCGCGGCUUGUGUGAGCUGCACGCGCUGGGCUUGGUGGCUGGCGAUCUGAAACCCAGCAACGUGCUACUGGAUGGGGCCACAGCGGCGGCGGCAGUGCAUGGAAACAGGGCAGCAGCAGGCGCGUCAGUUGGCAUGCAGCCGCUGAUUGCGGACGUUGGAUUGCGGCGCGCGUUUGCAGCUACUGUGGGCGGGCACCUGACCUCACCUCCGCAGGGCACUUUGAAUUUCAUGGCGCCAGAGCAGUUCUCACUGGAGGAGCCAGACCGGGUGGUCCGUCCGCAGAGCGACAUUUGGGCGUUCGGAGCCACCAUGCUGCAUGCGCUCAGCGGCCAGCCGCCCUGGCUGGGACUCAACGCAGCGCAGGUUACCAUGCAGGUUGGCGUGCGGCGCUGUUCUCCCGAGCUCCCUGCCGACCUGCCCGCGCCGCUCCGGAACCUGCUGCACUGGUGUCUCCGCCCCGACCCGCACCACCGCCCCUCCGCCGCGGGUGCGCUAGCACUGGUUGAGUCGGCGCUGGGAGCGGCUUUGGAGCAGGGACUGGCGCCGCAGCCGCAAGCAGAGGCACAGGAAGAAGAAAGGGAAGCAGCCGCAAGCAGAGGCACAGCAAGAGGGGAGGGAAGCAGCCGCAAGCAGAGGCACAGGGAGAAGGAAGGGAAGCGGCAGCAGCAGAGGCACAGGGAGAAGGAAGGGAAGCAGCCGCAAGCAGAGGCACAGGAAGAAGGGAGGGAAGCAGCAGCAGCAGAGGCCGGAAACGCGGCGGAAGCUGACGAGUGCGGAGACGAGAGACGGCUCAUGAUGCAUGCAAGGGCCGCCCGCACGCAGCCUGCCAUAGCCCAUGUGUUCCUGGUUGAAGGGCUGCGGGUGCGGCGGCCGGCCAUUGCGGAGAUUGCAAUGGAGCGGGAGGAGGAUGCCCGCUGGCGGCUGCUGCCCUGGGUGUUCCGUGAGGCCAUGUCGGGGGUGUUGCCGGACAUCCCGGAGGCGCGGAGGCGGUACCUGCAGGGGGCAGUUGGGGGCGGGGGAAUGCGAGACGUGACGACGGAGUUGCUGAUCAGGGGCCUGGGCAGCGAGUGUGGAGACAUGUCCCUCUACGUGUACGACUCGGAAGCUCCCAAGAGCAGUCGGCUGCGUGUCUUCUUGGAGGGCUACCGCAAGGGCAAAGAUCUGGCGAUGAAGGUCACUGUCAACCACAACAGCACGUACAGUGACCUUCGGGCACACGUGCUUUCAAGGCUGCAGCCCCCGCCCGACCAGCUAUACUUGUUGUCGGCGAAUGACGUUCCAUUGCACUCCGGCCAGCACUGGCUUCUGGGCUCGGCGAUUGCCGAUGCGGGAGAGGCCCGCUUCAGCACGGCGCGCCUUGAACUGCUGGACAUAACCAUAAAGACGAUGACGGGCAAGACCAUUACGCUACAAGUGCACCCAUCUUGGUCCAUGGAAUACGUGAAGGGCAUGAUACAAGACAAGGAGGGUAUCCCGCCUUACCAGCAGCACCUCAUCUUUGCUGGUAGACACCCGGACGAUGGUCAUAGCGUCGCUGAGGUUGGCAUUCGCUCAGGGAGCACCCUGACCUUGGUUCUGAAGCUGAGGGGCGGCAAGCCCGUCAUCUGCAUGUGGCCCGCCGCCCCCACAGACGCCACCGUCCGCCUUCAGCUCUCCCCCCGCUGGGCCUUCAGCAGCCUGGUGCCGCGGCCCGACUGUACGACAGGUGGCGCGGGGGUGGUGGGCGGCCGCAGCGCGGAGUGGCGGGUGAGGGCGCAGCCUGACGGCACCCUGACGCAUGAUGCCAGCGGCGGCCGACAGUACACCUACCUGUUCUGGGAGGCGUUGACGGAGGGGACGGCGAGGGAGGGGGUGGCGGGGGCAGGGUUGCGGAGGGCAGGCAGCGGAGCCAGCAGCAGCAGCGCAGUUGGGUGGGAGGUGGAGGGCGGAAGGGGCGGCGGCCAGGAGGAGAGACAGCAGAGCUUGCUGCCGGUAGCGGCUGCAGAGGAGCAGCAAGGGUAUGACGUCAUCAUCGGCCGGCUGCCCGCACCUGCCAACCCCAUCCCCGGCCUGGGCCCCACGCCGCCUGACCUGCCGCUGCCCGACUUUGACGCCGCACACUCGUUUUGCGUGGCGGGUGCUGACGUGGAGGCCUGGCUGUACGGCACCCUGACUGCCUUUGGCCUGCCCGUACGAGAGAGGACGGACUUCCUGACGUACUGGCUGCCGUACAUGGAGGGCGCCGCCUGGCUGCUCAUCAGCUUCGCCGACCCACGGGUCUAUCAGGCGGCCGCGGCGCUGCAUGUGGUUCCGGAGCCCGACGUGCUGGUGCGGCUGUUCAUGAUGUUUGAGCGGCUGAGUGCGCCGGUGGCGGUGCGGGGGGAGCUUGCGGUGGAGGUGGCGCGGGUGGGAGUGCUGCGGCGCGAGGGGGCGCGCAUGGCAGUGCUGGAGUGGGGGGGCAUGGAGGUGGUGAGGUGAGGAAGCUGCUGCAAUGUUAGCUCAGGUGUGGGCUAAGGAGCAGUUGGACAGACAAGUUACAAUACGGCAGCACAGGGCUGGGGCGGACGGAGGCCGGCUGCGUGUUGCAGCGCCGCCUGUGUGCUUUCCGCAUGGCCUGUUUUACAAGGACUGUACUGCAGGCAAGGACUGUGCGCAAGGACUGAAUGCGAUGGCCUAGGGCUUGUGCUGCCCGUAAUACCGAAGAGUUUCAAAGAAGGGGAUGGAUAGAGGGUUAGGUUGUGUGGGGGGAGCGUUAGGGUGCCUUCCAGGCUGUGCAGCCAUGCAUGGUAAUCGGUCAUGCGGAGUGGCAGGAACAGUGCGCUGGGCAAGCGCUGAGACCUGCUGGAGGGAUGCGGCUUUAGUCAGAAGCGGCACCGGUACUCGAAUUUCGGGUGCCAAAGCGUUGUGUUGCGCGUUGUGGUCUGCGAUGUGUUCCGUCAUAUGUGACACUCGGUACUUUGCAGGCAUAAGAUAGCUUACGUUCCGUUACGUGCCAUGCAUGCGUUCACCAUGCAUGGCACAAAACGUUUGGUUUGCGCUUGGUUGUACCUGUACGUUUGGUGGUCAUGGGCCAGUGUGCGGUCCGUAGCAGUGUCACCAGUGUAGGAGGACCCGCGACCCAUAGUUGUGCUGUCCCCAGCGUUCGUAGUUGUUGCAUGGUCCAAGUUGGAGAGGAAGGGAUGCUGGCAGGGACAUGCGCACCAAGUUGCCUCACAUGGCAUCGCAUUGGCGGCGCACAAGAGUAAAGAGAAACUUAAAGAUCCAGAC